CUCACCUUAAGUCGCGCUUUAUAACACGAGUCUAGCCGCUGCGCGCUGCGUCCAUAUCGGGAAAGUCAUAACAACAUAUGUAUCUCACAUGACACCAUCCUCGGCACCAUUCCCUUGCUUCAGCGAGUUGACAUAGAAAAUCUGUGUGUCCGAUUGUUGGAUAAUGACGCGGAGGGUAAUGUGAUUGUCCAAAAAUGGCAAAAAAUAAAUGGCUGCAUCGUCUUUGUUACAAUGGCAGCCGCUCUCGUCAGCGUUAUCCUCUCCCAAAGCAUCUAUGCCGCACCUCUUUCUCAACAUCCCCCACCCAAUAAUACAGCUUUUUCCAUAAAUUACUCGGAUGCGUGUAACGAUCUGCGCAACUGUCGGACCAUGUGGAGCAUGGUGUACAGCUGCCUCCUUACGAUAUUCGCUUGCAUCUGGACAGCAAUCCAUCCAGAUGUGCCUAAGCAAUAUUCAGCUUGGUCGCUCCGAUUUAAAUCUCGUAACAUUCAAAUGAUGUGGACGUUGGUUUCGCCGGAGGUGAUUGUUGCCGCUGCAUGGGAUGAGUUCUCUGAGGCGUGGAGAAUAUCAAAAAGGUCUGACAUCGAUUUUUCACAAGGAUGGACAUUCACCCAUUCAUAUUUUGUUAUUAUGGGUGGCUUUGUCGACUCUUCCAAACGAGAAGCGGUGAUACCAACCCAAGACGAAGAUCCUUCUACUCUCUUCGAGAAAUACCCCGGUGUAAUCGACAAGUCCGGAGAUCAUCGAAAGGUCGCAGUAACGAAGGAACAGAUUCUCGACAGAAGUAAAGGCGACUUUUUUGCAAAGUCCAUAGUCGUCCUCCAGUUACUGUGGUUCACCACUCAGUAUGUUGGGCGGUGGGCAAGUCAUCUACCCAGGUCACAACUGGAAGCGAUGACUCUUGCCUAUGCAGCACUUAGCAUCCUUGUUUGUGCUUUGUGGUGGUAUAAACCACUGGACGUCCAUUUCCCGAUCCAUGUAACGGAAGAGACUCAAACCAUUCCCUCAAAUCCUGAUGUCAUCACUGAUCAAGUAUUGCCCAAAACAGGAACAGGGGAUGCCGCAAAUCCGUCUUCCUCCACAGCGAAGAUCCUGGAGACAAAUCCCUUAUGGAUACUAGGAGUCACUGGUGUCAUUUUUGGUGGGAUUCAUUGCCUCGCCUGGCCAUUUCCGUUUCCGACACGUGCAGAGAAACUUUUGUGGCGCAUUUCUGCGAUAAUUAUUACAGUGGGCCCUGGCCCUCUAGCAUGGGCCAUGGAAAAACAGGAAAGGGAUGAAGGCAUAAGCGCGUUCCUUUUAGGUCUCUCCAUGCUUUUUUAUCCUAUUGCUCGGAUUAUCCUGUUUACUGUACUGGCACGACCAACAACCGGUCGAGGACCUUGGAUUGAAUUGAAAAUCAACACGAUUGAAUUGAUUAGCAGCCUCCGGCAACUCCCGGAGGCCGUGGGAACCGGUUGUUGGUCGUGCCAGUACAGUACUCUCACAUUUAUGUCUUUGCGAUCUCCACCCCCCGGCCUUUACCGAACUACAUCCUGGAUGUCUUUCAUCCCCCACCUGGGAUAACCGUAGACACGUAGUAUUGUUAAUAAGUAACAGUAACUCUAGUAUUGGGACAAAAAUACACCAGAUGCAUCCCUUG